AUGCACCCUCUUCUGGACAAUGUAAAUAGUAUUGGUAAUGCAAUGACUUCAACUGAUCAAUCAAGUACUGAUUUGCUUGACUUCCUUUUUGGAGGUUAUGAUAAAAGAAUUCGCCCCUUCUCGGAUCAACAACGCCCUGUAAUUAUUGAAAUGACUAUUGUGUUGGCAAUACUUACAGAAUUGAAAUGGAAGGACCCUCGUCUUAUUUGGGAUCCAAAAUUAUUUUCUGGCCUAAAACAAAUUGUAGUACCACAUUCUACUGUGUGGCUGCCCAAAAUGUUUAUUUACAAUUCUAUGGACAACAAGGAAAUGCUUACAGAAAAUCGUUUUGAUAUCAGAAUUAGUAGUGAUGGGCAUAUAAAGGCUAAUAUUCCUCAUUAUGUUAGUCAGAAUAUUUAA